AAUUAAAAAAAGAAGGAACUGUGCUCGAAUCAAAUAAACAUGAUGUCCGUCUACGAGCUCUUUCGAACUUCAGCGUUGUACAAAGAUCUUCAAAUCCAAGGGUGUUCGAGCACUAUAAUAGUACACAAUAUCCAAACAACGAGCAAGAUAUUUCGUAUGUUGAAAAUAGAAGGAACGUAGUAAUAGAGAAAUUAAAAUUAUCAGUGAUAUUCCGUGAUAACAUACUCUACAUCUUUUCGUACUUGCUUCACGGUCGUGAAAACAGAUUGGCGGAAGAACAGUAUAUAUCCUUGCAGGCACUUUGCGAUUUCCUCAAAAAGAAGACGGUUUAUAUGUACAACUUAUUGCCUAUUUUAUUUAAAUUAGACACCACAGACAAGAAUCAACAGACAAGCGUCAUAUUGUCGUCACUGAUAAAAAAUUUACCAACUUUUAAUAAGUGUACAGCUAAAUACCUGAUCAAUGAGAUAGAAAUAAACAGAAUCGAUUUCAAUGUGUUACUGAAGCCAACAGAAUUUGAGACAUUUGAUUAUCUUACCAAUAUCGAUUUAAACACAAUCCCGAAAAGUAAAAUUAACAACGAAGAGAUGAUAGGAUAUGAUAAAUAUUCAAACAUCACUCAAAAGUCACUUGGUCCAGUGUUCGUAAAGCUUCUUUAUAAUCUACAGACAGAAAAGCUACCUCUGUCGCAAGAACUAUUCGGUUUGUUAUUAAUAAACUUACCAAAUCCUAGCAACGAUCCUGUAUUGGAAGAAAACAUCAGAUAUCUGUAUGAUUUGACAAAAAAUAAUGUCAUCAAACGUAACAACUGGGAUUCGAUCAGAAAGGAUGUUCCCCUUGACAAAGACGUUUAUACAAUUGUCUUUUUCGUCCUAACCAAGAUUCUCAAUUCAAGGGUACCAAUAGUCAUAAAAGACCCCGCGGCUUACGUGUACCAUCACUUGAAGAGCACAAUAGUUCCAGCUCACGAUAAUUCGAACAAGUAUAUGCAACAACUGACUGAAAAAGACCUUGACAUAGGAAUGCUGCUUUCAGCUGUUAUACCUCAGGAAUUUGAUCAAGACGCGGUUCAGAUGAAAAACCGCGUGCUAGCGUACUUCAUGCACAAUUACAGAAAUGAGGAUGUGAACAAAAUCCUCAAAGGAUUUAAUAAGUUUAUAUAUAGUGAUCCCUUGGAUCUUCUCUUGGCAUUCUUAACAAGACUUACGAAUCGCAUACCAAGUUUUCCCAAUACUAAUUCGCAAAAGCUGCAAGACUCGGCUACAACUCUGCUUUCAGCUGCAUUUGUAAAAAAGUAUUCCAGAAUUUUCACACCGUUUGUAUCACCCGAGAUUGAUGUACUGGUACUUUUGGAAUCUCUGAGGGGUCUUGACAUGGAAGCUACAAUUCAGUCGGCAAUAGAUUCCAUAAAGCUCGACUUAAUCGCACAGCCACAAAUAUCCGUGCUUUUGAGUACCUUAAUACCCACGGAGAAAGACAAGUGUUUGAUACCUAAAACGUGUUUGAUAAAUACGUUCCAACAAGUACACAAAUUACAAAAUAAUAUACCAUUAACAUUAAUAACAAAAAUUCAAAACGUAGUGCCUAUGCUAAAGCAAUAUAUACAACCUCUGAGUAAAAUGCAGAGCUACUCCACGCAAUAUUCCGUAAAACCACCGGAUAUAAAUCUCUACUUUGAACGAGAGACUCCGGUAGCGAUAGCAAUCAAGAAAGAUACGGACAAUGUGCCUUUAAGUAGUUUCGUAUUUUCCUACGUAUGGAACAUUGAUAAAUAUGGUAAUAAGAGCGAUCUAGCCAUCCAAGAUGUGUCGCAAGUUGGAAAUUCAGAGUUCCAGUGGCAAAUGGGAGUUCCUACAUACGUCGACUCUACAAAAAUGGAAAUUGAAUCAACUACAAUAAACCAAGCACCAGUCACAGAGACACAAGUCACCGAAGAACAGGUCACUAAGAGAAAAAUCAUCGAAGUUGUCGAACCAAAAGUCACCGAAACACAAAGCACCGAAACACGAGAAUCACAAGAAUCUCUACCUAUUCAAGAACACACGUCAAACCAGCCCUUAACUUUGAAACCUUUAUUAAUGACAUCGAUACCCGAUAUUAGUUCUUUGAUUACUACUUAUAAACCUUUGAUUACUACUCAGAUAUCACGAAAAGACCAACCGCAGCACACAACGUCUAGAGAAAAUAUCGUUGAAGAAUCUCAAUUUUCCGAAGAUUAUACUUCAGAAAAUAUUCCAGACAUAAUAUACCCUGACGAACUUCCAUCACAAUCAUAUGCAAGCGAAGAAAUUGAAAAUGAAACUUCUCCGGAAGAAGCCACUUCUUUAGUCACAACAAAAAAACCUAUCGAAAUAACGAAAAAAUCUAUUAAAAUAGCAACGAAAAAACCUAUUAAGAUAACUACAAACAAACCUAUCAAAAUAACGAGGGAAAAAUUUAUCAAAAUGACAACAGAAAAACCUAUCAAAAUGACAACGGAAAAACUUAUCGAAAUGAUAACGGAAAAACCUAUUGAAAUGACAACGAAAAAAUCUAUUAAAAUGGCAACGAAAAAACCUAUUAAAAUGACAACAAAAAAACCUAUCAAAAUGACAACGGAAAAAUUUAUCAAAAUGACAGCGGAAAAACCUAUCAAAAUGACAACGGAAAAACCGAUCGAAAUGACAACGGAAAAACCGAUCGAAAUGAUAACAGAAAACUCUAUUGAAAUGACAACAACACGCAUGGUGCCAAAACUUUUACGGAAGACUGACAAGAAACCGGAUAACGAAGACGUGUCAAGCGCGAUAGUAUUACCUCCGGAUAUAGAAACUGAUCAGCUUCUUAGAGUGCACCUAUCCAGUAAUGGCGUCCCGGUUGUAACGACGGAUAGUGAUUACAAUGGAACAGAGCCUGAAAUUGUUUUACCAGAGAUCAAGGAACUUCUGAAACCGGCGGACAUAAAUCAACUCAUGCAAGACACCGAUUCACCGAUAAUGAAACAAGUAUUACUACCACUGUCUGUCACACUUGGUAAAAGUGUUAAAAAGAUCCUGAAGGAUGUGGAUACGAAACUGUAUCCCACGAACAUCGCAUUAUUGUCAGUAAUAUUGAAGAAAGCUGCAACUUAUCCUGAAGUGAAGAAAAAUAAGCGUUUGACAAAUAUAAUUAAUACAUAUAUUGACACUACAGAAUAUGUCAGCGCAACGAUAUUGUUACCCAUUAUAGUUUCAUCAAAGAAGCUAGUAUCAGAUGUUGUGUAUUCCACGUUUAAUCCGAAUGACUUAACUCAAAGUAAAAUUAGUGAAACUCCACCCGAUAAACCGUUAACAAACAGUAUCACUAUACCUCUUGUUAAUCCUAAACUAUUGCUAGAAUCUGUAAAUACAUCUGAUCCUUACGCUGGUCUGCUACCUACAUUGGAAAAAGAAAGUGUUUUUGCGGACGCGAUACAACCUCUCCAAAUGAUUUUGGCAUCUUCAAAAAUUGUGAAAAUACUUCCAAAUUUUAAACCAGUGCUGUAUCCCAACAAGGGUGCACUUCUGAUAACGCUUUUGUACAAACUAAAGAAAACUAAAAUGAUUCAAUCAAAUCCGAAGCUAAAGUCAUCAAUUAAUAUUUAUAUAGAAGCUAUCGAGAUACCAUCAAUGAGCAUUUCAGUGUCUGAAGAUAGUCUUGUAAAGAUGAAGUCCGAAACUACGGGUCAGUGGCAACCUGAACUGACAAGUUUGAUUACUGCUCUUCCAACACCCAAAAACGAUGACGAAAUCGCCAUGAUUGAGGUGAUAGAGCAGUUCCUCGACGAUCCAACUCUUUUGGAUAAAUUGCACAUAGCUAAACCACCAGCCACUAUGAUUCGUGGAGAGCUUUUGCAGAAAAUUAUUGAUAGCGCAUUGUCCGGUACAAUAGAUCUUGAGGAAUCAACUCUGAAGGCACUUAACUAUUACGCAGACAAGGUGGAAUUCACCGAUAUUGGUGCCCUGCCCAUCAGAUGGAUGUGGGUCGAAACGUACGUAGUCAAGGCUGAAGUACAACUAGGCAACAUGAUCCAACAGACGGUGAAUUUCGAUGAAUUGACGUACAAGGAGAAACUGGCGUAUAAUGAUCUAAUUACAUACCUGGCUGAAAAUCCCAGUCUCCUUCAAGACAACGAGGACUUCGAUUUCGGAAACUAUAAAACGCAAGGAGAGUUUAUUGAGGGUUUAUUCGAAUAUUUGAUGAAUAAGCCACAAGUUAAUGAUAAGAUUAAAAAGAAUAUUGAGAUAAUACUUCCGCACGUGAUGCAAACUGGAGCAGGCGCGGUGCCGAUGCCAAGUUUUUCUGAGUUUUAAAAUAUCGAUUGAUUAACUAAAAUAUAAUUUACUAAUUUAAACGUUGUAAUUAGACAAUUUUAAUCUAUGUUUACAAGAAAUAGAAUGUUUAUAGAUGUCGUCUGAAGAGUAUGUGUUUUAUAAUAUUAUAGAGAAUUAACCCUCACACGGAAUUUUCUCUUAAAAUUUACCCUCAAAAUCUGAUAAUUGCGGGAUAAUAUACGACCUCGAAGAAUUUUGCUAUAUUUUUUAGUAAACUAUACUAAAAGCAUAGUAAAUUUCACUAUACUUUUAGUAAAUUUUACUAAAAAGUAUAGUAAAAUUCC